AUGUGUUGGUCCACAGAUACCCAGCGUGCCUUGCAGGCGGUGGAGCGGCUCCAGGCUCGGCUGAAAGAGAAAGGUGAAGUCCCUACAGAGGAGAAACUCAGCCUACUGAAAUCUGUCCUUCAGAGCCCCUUAUUCCACCAAAUCCUCGCCCUGCAGAAGUCAGUACAGCACCUCAAAGACCAGGUGGAUGGCAUGAAUAUUCAGGGCUACACUAACCAGCAGGCUGUGGAGCUUCUGCGACACACUGGCCAGACAGUCCACCUCCAACUGCUCCGACACGGCCUCAGACCAGAGGAGAUACUCCCCGUCGUCCCUGACAACGCCCCCACUGUUACCGUGGAGGCACAACCAAACCCCAGCCAGCCCAAAGAGCCCGGUCUGGAGCAGGCAUUCAUGGACAAGGCCCAUGGAGCGGAGCUGAGCUGUGAGGAUGAAGAGGCUCUGGUGAGAAAAUGGCAGAAGGUUCUGGGCCCCAGUAAUGAAGUGAUAGUAGCACAGGUGGAGAAGUUCAGUGAGUACAGUGGACUGGGCAUUAGUCUGGAGGCCAGUGGUGGUCAUCACUACAUCCGUUCAGUUCUGCCUGAGGGACCUGUGGGUCACUGUGGAAAACUCUUCAGUGGAGAUGAGCUACUGGAGGUAAAUGGGAUAUCCCUUAUUGGUGAAACUCAUAAAGAGGUUGUGAGUAUUCUGAAGGAACUCCCUGUCUGUGUCUACAUGGUCUGCUGUAGACCCGCCCCUCUACCACCAACUGACGGCCAGACUGGCCAAUCAGAACUGGAGGAUAUGGCCACAGAGUCUACAGUCAAGGUGCACAGAGAGCUCGAUCACUUCCUGGUUUGCAGCGAAUCAGAGGAGGCAGUGGUUGGUCAUGUGAUGGAGGAUGUUGUCACUUCCCCGUUGGCGAUGUGGGAGUCAGAGGUCCAGACCAUCGAACUAGAGAAAGGAGAGAGCGGCCUGGGCUUCAGUAUAUUAGACUAUCAGGACCCUAUGGACCCGGUAAAGACAGUGAUAGUGAUCCGGUCUCUGGUGCCGGAUGGGGUGGCGGAGUUGGACGGGCGGCUGUUGCCAGGCGACCGACUGAUGUUUGUCAAUAGGACGAACCUGGAGAAUGCGAGUCUGGAGGAGGCGGUGCAGGCCCUGAAAGGGGCCCAGUCAGGAACAGUACACAUAGGCGUGGCCAAGCCGCUGCCUAGCGAGGAUGAUGAGGGUGAUUCUUCCUCAGCAGACUUUCCCUUCAUCCUCUCGGCUCUGGUUCUGAGAGAGAAGGAGGAGGAUGAGGAGGAGCUGCUGUUCCGCGCUGAACCCGCGCUGAUUGACUCCACUGACACAGAUGUGUCAGAUGAGAAAAGCUUGGAGCGUCAUUUUGCUGGUGACGAGGACGACACCCUCCAGGCAUCUAUGAUCGCCCUUCACGGGAGCACCUGCAGUGCCGAUCUGUCCUAUCAGAGAACAGCGCUGGCCUCCACGCCCAAGCGUAACGCUCAUCUGGAUUCGUUUAUGGAAAACCCCUUCAUAACGCCAUCCGUAAUUGAUGACGACACUGAACCGUUUAGUCCGGAGGAGAAACCAGUCUGUGCGACACUGGAAAUGACAGCGCGGAGACUGGGUGCGGUCUCCUGCGACAGGGCCUCUGAGCACCACUUAGGCCAGAUGGAGAGUCUGGAGGCAGAGGUGGGGGAGGCGGGAUUCUCCAGAGCUAGCCCCGCCCCCAGCGAUAAAGACCAGCCAAUACUGACUUUACUGAAUAUGGCUGACUUUGGGCAGGGCCUGGGUGAAGAGCGUUGCCCUGGAGACGCUGAAGACUUGGAGAAGGUUCAGGAUCUCCUCAAAACGGCCGAAACAGUGGAGGGAGCAGAUGAACAGGAAAUGACUCCGGGGAGUAAUUUUGAGAGGACGAUCACGGUGGUGAAAGGGAACUCCAGUCUCGGGAUGACAGUGAGUGCUGGAAAGGAUGGUUUGGGAAUCGUGAUUCGCAGUAUCAUCCACGGAGGCUCUGUCAGCAGAGACGGGAGGCUGGGCGUCGGUGACCUCAUCCUGGCCAUUAAUGGAGAACCCACAGCCAACCUGACCAACGCACAGGCCAGAGCCAUGCUACGCAGACACUCUCUCAUUGGCCCUGACCUGGGAUCGUCAGCUGCUGAGGAGGAGCAGUGUCCCUUUUAUGUUAUCACAUAUGUUCCGGCUGAAUACCUGGAGGAGUAUAGAGCCAGUCUACAGAACAAGGAUGAUGUUUUUACUCUGGAUACUCCAAGUACCCCACGAGGUGCAGCCGAGCUUCCAGAGAGGGAGGAGGGAGAAGGAGAGGAGAGUGAGCUGCCAACUUCAGCUCUGAGUAACUGGAACCAGCCCAGGAGAGUGGAACUCCACAGAGAGGAGGGGAAAUCUCUGGGCAUCAGUAUUGUUGGUGGGCGGGGCAUGGGCAGUCGUCUUAGCAACGGGGAAGUGAUGCGAGGCAUCUUUAUCAAACACAUUCUGGAGGACAGUCCUGCUGGCAGGAAUGGCACACUGAAAACUGGUGAUCGCAUUGUCCAGGUGGAUGGUAUCGACCUGCGGGAUGCCAGUCAUGAGCAAGCAGUGGAGGCCAUUCGUAAGGCUGGGAACCCUGUGGUGUUUCUGGUCCAGAGUCUGAUCCAUAGGCCCAGGGUAUGCGACCACCCAAAACACACUCACACCCACAUACUCACACAUGCAGCCUCUGCUGCAGACCCCGCUGAAGACAGAGCCACACCCCCCUCACGGGAGGGGCAGGAGAAGGAAGUUGACAGUCACAGUAGACUUUUCCUCCAUGUGUCCCCAACUAACCCUUUCACUCCCACUCCGUUUAAGCUGCCGAAUCGCGAGGCGGGAAAAAUCUCUCCACUGAUGUUGCCGGUGGUCCCGCACGUCGGCGAGACAGACACAGACACGCUGGCGCAGGUUCCUGACCUUCCAGCCGCUCCUCCUCUCCAGACUGAAGAAGAGGAUGAGUUUGGAUACAGCUGGAAGAAGAUAACUCAGAGGUACGGCAGUCUCCCAGGGGUGUUACACAUGAUCAAACUGGAAAAAGGCAAAACUGGUCUUGGUUUGAGUCUGGCAGGAAACCGCGACCGUUCCCGUAUGAGCGUGUUUGUGGUGGGGAUCGACCCAAACGGGGCGGCCGGCAGGGACGGGCGCAUAAUGGUUGGAGAUGAACUGCUGGAGAUUAAUGGACAGAUUCUCUACGGGCGCAGCCACCAGAACGCCUCGUCCAUCAUCAAAAGUGCUCCGUCAAAGGUCAAGAUCGUCUUUAUCAGAAACACAGACGCUCUGAACCAGAUGGCUGUCGGCCCCAUGAAGGAGUUUGUAGACACUCUGGAUUCACACUCUGUGGUGGAAACGAGUGUUUCUGAUUUGCCGUCGGCCACGGAUGUAGACAUGUUUAAAUAUGUUCAGCACGUUGUUCUGCCCAAGGAGGCUGGGGGUAUAGGACUGGUUUUGGCUGAUGGAGAUGAUGGUCAGACUGGGUUAAGGAUUCAGAGUGUAGCUGUGGAUACAGCAGCAGGAACAGUGAGUGGCAAUAUCAGACCUGGUGAUAAGCUGUUGGCUGUGGAUGAUGAAGUGGUUGUAGGAUGCACUGUGGAAAAGGUGACGUCCUUACUGAAGAAAGCUGAAGGUUCUGUGAAGCUGACAGUUUGCAGUGAUGACCCCACCCCCCUCUCCUCAUCCUCCAAUCAAAUGAAUCAAACAGCAGACACGGGAAACACUACACUACCCAGUUUCCCCCUGGCUUCUGCAGGCCUAACUGAGACAGAGCCAAUCAGGAGCUCUGGUAGCAGGUCAUCCACUCCAGCCACAUUGACCUCUGACCCCAUGACCUGUCCCAUCAUCCCCGGCUGUGAGACAACCAUCGACAUUUGUAAAGGGCGGACGGGUUUGGGCCUGAGUAUUGUGGGGGGCUCUGACACUCUGCUGGGUGCUAUUAUCAUUCAUGAGGUGUAUGAAGAGGGAGCUGCCUGUAAAGAUGGGCGUCUCUGGGCAGGAGAUCAGAUCCUGGAGGUGAAUGGUAUAGACCUGCGUGUGGCGACUCAUGAUGAGGCCAUUAAUGUCCUCCGUCAGACGCCUCAGCGGGUCAGACUGACCGUCUACAGGGACGAGGGCCAAUACAAAGAGGAGGAAUUAUGGGAUGUCUUCACCGUGGAGCUCCAGAAGAAGCCAGGGAAGAGCCUGGGUCUCAGCAUUGUGGGCAGAAGGAAUGACACGGGUGUGUUUGUGUCGGACAUCGUAAAAGGGGGCGUGGUGGAGUCAGAUGGACGCCUGAUGCAGGGUGAUCAGAUUUUGUCUGUUAACGGUGAAGAUGUCCGCUCUGCCACCCAGGAGUCUGUCGCUGCACUGCUGAAGUGCUGCGUUGGACCAAUUAAAAUGGAGGUGGGCCGUUUCAAGGCGGGACCUUUCCACUCAGAGAGGAGACUGUCACUGAGCAGUCAGAUGAGUGAGACAGGCAGCUGUAGACUCACCAUGGCUUCAUCCUGUGGGCCAGGAGGAUUUCAGCUCGACUGUGACAACAGCUGUAAGAGUCCAGAAGCACUGGAGCAGGACAUGAGGACUGUGGAGUUCACUAAGGGUCCGUCAGACUCCCUGGGCAUCAGUAUAGCGGGCGGAGUGGGCAGUCCCCUGGGUGAUGUGCCAAUCUUCAUCGCCAUGAUGAACCCCACUGGACUGGCAGCCCAGACUCACCAGCUCAGAAUUGGGGACAGAAUCGUGAGCAUCUGUGGAACAUCUACAGAGAGCAUGACUCACAGUCAGGCUGUGUCCCUGUUAAAGACCAGCACUGGAACCAUACAGCUACAGGUGGUAGCAGGGGAUAGUACAGUAACAUGUCCCUCUCAGGACCAGACAGCUGUCUCUGGUUUGACUGCCAGCAGCAUCUUCCAUGAUGACCUCGGUCCGCCCCAGUAUAAAAGCAUUACUCUGGAGCGUGGUCCUGAUGGGCUGGGGUUCAGUAUCGUGGGGGGGUUUGGAAGUCCUCACGGGGAUCUGCCCAUCUACGUCAAAACUGUGUUUGGAAAGGGGGCGGCAGCAGAGGACGGCCGUCUGAAGAGAGGAGAUCAGAUCAUGGCUGUGAACGGUCAGAGUCUGGAGGGAGUCACACAUGAGGAGGCCGUGGCCAUACUGAAGAGGACCAAAGGCAUCGUCACCCUGACUGUGCUCUCAUAGAUA